AUUCCUCUUUCAAUUCUCUCCAAAAGCACACACGCACACAGCACCUUCAAUUGGAGGAACCCUCACCUUCGCCAAUCCUUUGGCACACAAUCCUCACCUUCCCCAUUCUCACCUUCAACACACAUCACCUACGACACUCAUCACCUUCGCCUUCUCACCGUCGCUGUUGACCGUCGCCACCCAGUCACCACUCACCACAUGGCUGCGCCACUCACCAGUCACCAGCUCACCACUCACAAGCUCACACUCUCAUCCUCACUCACACACACACAAAAGAGGGAAAAAUCAGAAAAGGGGAGAACGGGAAGAAGAAGAGAAGAGAGGAGAGGGGAAGGAAGGAGAGGACGACGCCGGCUAGGGCUCUACCGCGCGGACCAUCGUCGUUGCGUGCGCUGACCGUCGCCUCGCAUUGCCAUCUCGUGCACUCACCGUCGCCGCUCAGCAUCAUCGUCGCAUGUGCUCACUGUCGCUGCUCAGCAUCGUCGUCGUCGCUCAGCAUCGUCAUCGCCGCUCACCUGAGAAGCUUCCUGGUAGCCGAGAAGCAUGUAGCGCAGAGCACUCGACUCCUCAACUAAUGAAGAGUCCUUGAUCAAAUUCUUGAUCUCCUUCACAACAUCCAAGUAAUCUGAAUACGAUAACCACAAUCCAUUAGUGGAAAUUCUUCAGCUUUAUCACAACAACACAAAUUCAGCAUUUUCUAUAUUGGGAGAGAAUCACACAGAACAGAGGAAUCGAGGCAGAGCACCUGAAAAGAAAAUAGGAGAAGUGCAUGUAGAACGUGUGGUUAAGACAGCAUACUUGUGCUCUCCAUAGGAGGAAGGGUAAGAGAAGAGAGGAUCCUGAAUUGGAUCCAAAGGGAAAGAUCUGAAUAAGCAUUUGGAUUGAGAGAGAAUGGUGUAGAGAGCGAGGAAAAGAGUUGUGAAGAGGUAUACCAGAGAAAAACAGAGGAGCUUGGAUUGGAAGAUUAGAGGUUUGGUAGUGGUAAAGCCAUUUUUGAUGUGUUUUGAUGUGAGAAUGCAGACAGUAACUUGUGUCUUUGCUAGCUGCGAGCCUUCCAGACAAUGCUACUUUCUUCUUGACCUAUGUGGCUCUCAAGUACGAUCGAGGUACCUAGAUCAUUUGAUUGUGGAAUGAAAAUAUGGUAAAGCAGCUUCUCUAUGUCCCAAUUUGCUGCGAGGAUCAGCUUCAGCAUGGGAGAGAUGGGUAUUUCACUUUGCCCACCUCCGUCAACUUCCUGUUUUGGUUCCUUACAUGCCAACAGAAAACCCUAGACUACGUGAUACUGCUUAUGAGGUUGCCCUUGUGGCAUUGGCUACAAAUCCAUCUUAUCAUAAGGAUCUCUUGUUCACUGUGAAAUCAUGGCCAUCUGUAAUUUAUUCUGCAUUACCUGUAAUUUCAGCCAUCGAACCUCAGCUCAAUACUUCAUCCAUGACCGAUUCGCUCAAGGAGGCAUUGGCAGAGUUGUAUGUUAUUGCUGGGCAAUAUGAUAAAGCAUUUUCAUUUUAUGCUGAUCUUAUGAAACCAGAACUCUUUGAUUUCAUUGAUAAAUAUAACCUACAAGAUUCAAUCCAUGAAAAGCUAGAACUCUAUGCAGAUUAUGAUCCAAAGAUGCUGCUACCUUUUCUACAUAGCAGUCAGCACUAUACUCUUGAGAAGGGUAACAAUGAAGAUUAAGCAAUGAAGAUUAAGCUGACUAUUAUUGUGGUUUAUUGGCUAAGAUAGAGUGCUAUUUAGAAUCUUUACAUGUAUGGUUGACUAAUGAUUUUUAUUAGAAGAUACUUUUAUUGGAUAAGUGAUAUUAUGGUUUUGAUAUGGCUAUGCUUAUUUUAGUUUGAGUUGUAUGAAUUUUUACAGUUAACUUCAUUCUAGUACUUUUGGAUCAAUGUUAUAAAUAUAUUUUGG